AUGAGACGGCCUCUGAAACAGCGAGAUACCAUGGAUGGUUUGGGUCGACAUGACAAACUCGGACAGCCUUUCACCCUGCUCAUUCCAUUCCAUUCCGUCAGUCAUGAUAAGGAGCUUUGCGACCGUUCAUCUGGAGCCAAUCUUGGCGUUGAAUUCACCAACGAUGACCUUGAAGAAAGAGAGCCUCUUCAGAUCCAUAGAGAACGCUUCGAGCUCCUCUUCUUCCUGGCUUGGUGUUGA